AUGAGUUCCAACAACGUUUCCCUGUCAAAAGGUAAAUAUGCCACGCUAACUAGCAACAAGUUGAAGCUAGCUUCUCCUAGCUAGUUAGACAGCUUGCUAACGUUACGUUACUUAGCUAGUUACGAAAUUCUGUUAUUUAGCAAAUAUUUCAGAAAAAUGUGAGCUAGUUUAUGACAUUGGUUAAUGUAAUCUGUAAACGUUUUGACGAUGGCAUAAUAGCUAGCAUGCCUGUCAUUUCGUAAGACUGCGACCUUGACUUGUUGCCUCCUGUUUUGUCUAGCCAGGCAGUUACUUAAGAGUUCAUAACCCCUUUUCCCCAUAAAAACGACAACAUUAACGCGCUAGAAUUUAUGCGUAUCAAGAAAUAACGGCGACAAACGCCCUGGAAAACUGUUGAAAUGGACUUUAGAUGAACUCGCUCGGAGGAGGUGGUUUUUAACUCAAUUCUUAUAUUAUGUCGACUUUGCUUAUGGAAAACCGUAUCAAGCGAGUUAAGGGUUGUACGCUCAGUUGUUGGGUCUCCAGCGCUGCGGAUAUUUGAAGUGGAAGUUCUGGAAAGUUGACCUUGAAACGGACAUUAAAUAACGGGAAUGGUACAUUUGUAUCUGUUGGCCAUCAUAGAUUGAUUUCGAUGUCAUUCUAGGCUACUGUAGCCUGCAUUUGAUACAAGAAAUAUGUUGGAAUGGCGAUAUCACUAGUCAUUCAUUGCAAAUCAAAAUGUUGCCACCUGUGUAUCCUACCUGGAGCUGGCAAACGGAUUUAAUAAAUAGCCUAUAAAUUCAGUUUAUUGCUUAUUGCUGUUGUAGCCUUAUGUUAUUAUGCGAUUAUUAAUGGAGGUUAUCGUUUGUGAUCAUGGUCACAGCUCGCCUCUUAUCGCAAUUGCCGAUCAGAUGUUAGAAUGGAUGCAUUAGAUUGACGGAAACAAGUCAGUCAGAUUAGGCUAAAGUAAAAAAAUAACACUGGCUGUUGUUGACAAGCUUAUUCAGUUCAUAUUCAUAUUAUUCAUAUUUGAUUCAGUUAUUGAAAUGAAGACCCCAUCAUCAGUAGCCUAUUCCAGCAUUAACCUAUAGGCUAUUGGGCAAGACAAGCACUUCUUACCUCGAAAUCGCCUUGCUAUUCAGGUUGAAUAAAUGAGUCUGUCAAUUUGAUAAAUCGUUCAGUUUAGGAUAUCUUGGGGUUUCCCCUAACUCGGUCCUGAGAUUUCGAGAACCUCUGUCCAACUUUCAUCACUCAAGCUCUCCCUUAUGAUUUAUUUAUAGUUAAGCGCAAAAUGGAUUAAAGUUAAAUCGACAUCCAUUGAUGGAAAAUGACCUGGCGAGUUUAAUAAGUGCGAAUUAUAUUUUCUCUUGCGAUAUUUUGCAUUUUAUGUUGCUACAGGUUAGGUCGACAUUAUGGAAAAAGGGUUCAUAUGAGGCCGAGAAGAGUAUUUCUGUGUAAGACAGGGUUUCCCAAACUAGGGGUCGUGACCUGAUUUGAAAUGGGGUCUCGAGAGAACAUUCGCGCAUGGUUCAUAGAACCGGGCUUAUGCCAGUAUCCUCCUGUAGCUUCUCGAUGCGGUUGUAAUAAACAGAGCGGUUUCUGUUUUCUUCCUACAAAUGUGUCUCUAUAUUUUAAAUAUAGUAGUAGUAUGCCAUUUAGCAGACGCUUUUAUCCAAAGCGACUUACAGUCAUGUAUGCAUACAUUUUUACAUAUGGGUGGUCCCGGGGAUCGAACCCACUACCCUGGCGUUACAAGCGCCAUGCUCUACCAAUUGAGCUACAGAGGACCACCAAAUACUACAAAAUAUUAUGACGGCAUAACUGAAAGGUAAUCCUCUCAGGAACAUGGUACAUACGCACUCUACUACGCCCACAAGCCAUUAGAACUGAGUGGACAAGACCAGGAAAUAAAUCAGAAUGGGGGGGGGGAAUAACAUAUUUUAUUAUUAUCUACACAGAAGAUCAUACCAUAUCUUUGCCUGAUGAUCUUCUGAACUUCCCCAAUACCUUUCUGAUGCAUUUCAGUCACUUCAAACCAUACUGUCUUCAGAUUGAAAUACUGUCAAAAAUACCAAUAGCCUGCCUCCCGAGUGGCUGCAUCGCAGUGCUUGAGGCAUCACUACAGACCGGGGUUCGAUCCCAGGCUGUGUCGCAGCCGGCUGCGACCAGGGGACUCAUGAGGCGGCGCACAAUUGGCCCAGCGUCAUCCGGGUUAGGGGAGGGUUUGGCCGGCCGGGAUGUCCUUGUUCUAUCGAGUUCUAGCGACUCCUUGUGGCGGGCCGGGCGCAUGCACGCUGACUUCGGUCGCCAGUGAUACGGUGUUUCCUCCGACACAUUGGUGCGGCUGGCUUCCGGGUUAAGCGACCAGUGUGUCAAGAAGCAGUGCUGCUUGGCAGGGUCGUGUUUCGGGGGACGCAUGGCUCUCGACCUUCGCCUCUCCCGAGUCUGUAUGGGAGUUGCAGCGAUGGGACAAGACUGUAACUACCAAUUGGAUAUCACGAAAUUGGGGAGAAAAAGGGGUAAAAAAUGUAUGUGUGUAUAUAUACCCAGUAGCCACAGCAGCCAUUAUAGAAUGGCAUGUUGCAUUGAACAACAAAGGAGCUGAUUGGCUGACCCUGCCAUUCCAAAAUGGCUGCGGUGGCAACUGGUAGCUAGCAUGAAGAAGAAAAGGGCAGUUUUCCAGGAAACUAGCAGUAUUUCAAUCUUCUCGAUGUAUCAGUGUGGAUAAAGGUCAAAUGUGGAGUACAAUGGCAUAUCCCAUCCCUGCCUUGAGGUCUGUGUUUUUCUACCAAUAUCUCGCGCCGGCUCCACGGUGUCCUAAUGAUUGCGUUCCGACCGCCGUGCAUCUCAGUGUAAACAAGCAUAACAGUAGGGUCGGUAUCUUCUGGGGAAGCAGCCCCCAUUCCAAUUAAUUCCAUUCAUGUAUCAACGUUGAAGCAACAGAAUGUGACAACUGCAAGAUAUGGAUUCUUUACAUAAGCAAUGCAAUACAUUAGAAUGUAUUCUUCUUAUGUGUUUGUUUGUAGUGUGGUUGGAGGCGUACCUGAACUAGAUACUGGAUCAGUCUACAUAAAAAAACAAAAAAAAACUUUAUUUAACUAGGCAAGUCAGUUAAGAACAAAUUAUUAUUUACAAUAAAGGCAAAAGGCCUCCUGUGGGAACGGAGGCUGGGAUUAAAAGUAAAAAUGUAGGACAAAACACACAUCACAACAAGAGAGACACCACAACACUACGUAAAGAGAGACCUAAGACGACAACAACAUGGCAGCAACACAACAUGGUAGCAGCACAAAACAUGGUACAAACAUUAUUGGGCACAGACAACAGCACAAAGGGCAAGAAGGUAGAGACAACAAUACAUCACGCGAAGCAGCCUGUCCUAAGUUUUUGUUUUACAGCUGAAUUGGCGGCAGCCAUUGGCGUGACUGCAGGAGCUACAGCUGCGGGCAUCCUCCUCUUCCAGUACUUCUCCAAGGGGUCAGGGGUCAAGCCCAAGGUCAACCUGGACCUGCAGAAAGACAACCCCAAAGUGGUGCACGCUUUUGACAUCGAAGAUCUCGGGGACAAGGCGGUGUACUGCAGGUGUUGGAGAUCCAAGAAGGUGGGCUAGCUCUCCGUUUUGAUACUCUUUGUUUGAUUUCUAUCACCAUUAUGGAAAAAGGAAGCGGAGAGACGUAUUAAGGCGUGGUUCCUGUACAGGGGAGCCAUGUCUUAACCACUGGAAAUCCAUAGACACGGCAUGGAAAGAUGUUGUGGUUGUGAGGAGUGCUUUCUUAAAAUGGGCCAACUGAAACUAACUGUGGGCUAGUAAGGCUACGUUAUUACUUGCAUUUGAGCAGGAACAAGGCAAGGAAUGUUAAGAUGUAUUUUGUGUGUGUUCUAACAACCUUUCUCGCCCUAGUUUCCCUACUGUGAUGGAACUCAUGCUAAACAUAACCAGGAGACGGGGGAUAACGUCGGCCCCCUCAUCAUGAAGAGAAAGGAGGCCUGA